AGUCGGGAGUGUGCGAGGCUCGGGGAGACUGAGAUCCUGAGCUAGAGCCGCCUUGUCUGCAGCCACCACCCACGGCCGAGCAGCCACCAUGGAGCUUCUGCUGCGCUUCGCGUUGCUGUGCGGCGCCGCGGAUUUCACCAGAAGUUUGAGUAUCACUACUCCUGAACAGAACAUUGAAAAAGCCAAAGGGGAAACUGCCUAUCUGCCAUGCAAGUUUACCCUUAGUCAAGAAGACCAGGGACCUCUAGACAUUGAAUGGCUGCUGUCACCAUCCGAUAAUCAGCAGGUGGAUCAAGUGAUUAUUUUAUAUUCUGGAGACAAAAUUUAUGAUGACUACUAUGAAGGCCUGAAGGGGCGAUUACAUUUUACAAGUGAUGAUCUCAAAUCUGGUGAUGCAUCAAUAAAUAUAACAAAUUUGCAGUUAUCAGAUAUUGGCACAUAUCAGUGCAAAGUGAAAAAAGCUCCUGGUGUUGCAAAUAAGAAAGUUCUGCUAACAGUUCUUGUUAAACCUUCAGGUACAAGAUGUUUUGUUGAUGGAUCAGAAGAAAUCGGAAAUGACUUUAAACUAAAAUGUGAACCAAAAGAAGGUUCACUUCCAUUACGAUAUGAAUGGCAAAAGCUAUCUGACUCCCAGAAAAUGCCCAGCCCCUGGUUAGCAGAAAUGACAUCACCUGUUAUAUCUGUAAAAAAUGCCACUUCUGAAUACUCUGGGACAUACAGCUGUACAGUCCAAAACAGAGUGGGCUCUGAUCAGUGCCUGCUUCGCCUAGAUGUUGUUCCUCCUUCGAAUAGAGCUGGAACAAUUGCAGGAGCCAUUAUAGGAACUUUACUUGCUCUUGUGCUCAUUGGUCUUAUCAUCUUUUGCUGUCAUAAAAAGCGCAGAGAAGAAAAAUACGAAAAGGAGGUUCACCAUGACAUCAGGGAAGAUGUGCCUCCUCCAAAAAGCCGGACAUCCACUGCCAGAAGCUAUAUCGGCAGUAACCAUUCCUCCUUGGGAUCCAUGUCUCCUUCCAACAUGGAAAGUUAUGCCAAGACUCAGUAUAACCAAGUACCAAGUGAAGAAUCUGAACAUGCUCCUCAGAGUCCAACUCUUGCACCUGCUAAGGUAGCUGCCCCUAAUCUAAGUCGAAUGGGAGCGGUUCCUGUGAUGAUUCCUGCACAGAGCAAGGACGGGUCUAUAGUAUAGAGCCUCUGAACCUCUCUUCUUUGCUCUGUUUCUUUUCUUCUCUUGAUGUAUAAGAACCUAUUGUGGCAUGAAUUUUGUUAACAGCCUCAAAAAUUAUAUAUAUAUACAUACCAAGAAACUGUGAGAAAUAUUCUUCACACAAUUUUGUUUGGUUUGAAUGAAAUAAAGGCAUUAUAGUUAGUAAAGACAUUCACCAUCUG